GUGCCUGGCGCUGCUGGGCGCACCCCACUCCCGGGCCGUGCGCGCCGCCGGUCGUGGGGGGCGGUGAUUGUGUGCGCCGCGCCGCGGUAUUGUGCGGCGGCCACACUGUUUGCAGCGGGCUCGGCUCCGCGUCCCGGGGAAGGAAGCAUUCGCAGGCGGCGGGGCGGGAGCUGGGCUCGGAGUUGCAGCCGCCGCCGCCGCCGCCGCCGCCGCGGGGAGAAGGGAAGUGGACUGUGUUUGGGGAUGUGAGGACGGGAAGCGUUGAGUGGCAGGGAGGGGUUCUGCCGUGGCGCGGGGAGUUGGGACGCGGUUUGCAGAGUUGAGCCCACUUCUGCAGGCCCCUGUCCCUCCCCGGAAGGGACCGGGUGCCCUGCUCAGGUGGACCGUCCAAGCAGAAGCCGCGGGCGUUGGCGACCCCUGGCGAAGGGGCACACCUCAAUGAAGAGGACACAUGGGGCGGGGGGCAGCUGGGCGGAGUGAGGGCGCGCGCCGGGGUUAAGUUGGAUUUACACCUCAGCCCGCUGCUGUCCGUCCUCCACCACGUCUUCAAGGGCCGGCCACUUUAGGCGUGGGGGUGGGGUGGAGAGUGCAAGCCGCAUUUUUAUUCCAGCUGUUUGGAUUCAGGAGUGACCCCCCCUCCCUACUCUCCUCUAGAGCUGAGCUGCGCUUGCCCGAGUCCCGUCGUCCUCACCGGGGCCGCGCUUCCUGGGGGAAGUUCUCAUUAAGCCUCGCUAAUUAGCAUUAUUCCUGGAGAAAGGUUAAGGUUAGACCGUCCUUUUCCUUAUCGGGAGGCCCGCCCCCUCCUCCCCACUCCCCUCUCUCUCCCUCCCUCCUCCCGGAGAGCACAAAAGCACAAAAAGAAAGUGUGAAGAGGCGCAGAUCAAUGGAGAAGCCACAAACCCAUUAAUUCAAAUGGAACCUUCCCCCCCCUCUAAAACAUUGAUUUUUCUUUCUGUCUGCUCUGAGGGGAGGUUAAUAACCUCCUGAUUUCACCUGAAAUGGUGUUUGUACGCUGUGAUUUUCUCCUGUUUCUGAGGAGGAUGGUGGCUUGAAAUAGCCUCUCCCCCGAGGUAAAGCCCUACUUAUCCCAGAAUCAGCUAGAAACCCUGGCCAGUCUGCCAGCCCAGCUGGGGGGUGGAGAGGGGUGUUUCAUGGCUCUCGAUUCCCACAACUCUGGACAUGUGAGGACUGUGGGGAGCAUCGUCUCCAUGAUGUGAACAGGCCCCUGUCCUGACCCUGAAAAAUACAUUUCUGAGUUGUGGGUUCAUUAGUCAGGGGGAAAGGCCUGUUUCUGGCCCCAGCCCCAAUGGUCGUUCAGCCCCCAGGUAGAAAAUUACCCCCUUCGCUGGAAAGUCAUUAGGACCUAAAUGGGCCCUUGAAUGAUGUGAAGCCCCUGUCUAAUCCCGGCCAGGCUGGGCUUGCUUUACAGGGCAGGGUUUUAGAAUAGCACCUCCUCCUACACCCACUGCCCCCAUGGCUGGGUGACCUGAGGCUGCUCAGCAUGCCAGAACCUUCCUCCCAGAAGACGGACAUGGGGGAACUUCUCCUGUGGCCAUGUGGAGCUGGAACGCCCCUGAGUUGCUCAAGAACUUUUUUGUCUUGUCUGGGUCCUUUUCUUGGAAGGAAAGUCUUGCUCACAGUGGUUCCCCUCCAGCCCUCCCUUUGGCUGGAAGAGGCUUUUCUGCCUGGGCUCCUUGUAAAGAGACUCUCCGUUCACGGCAGAGAGUGGGGGUAUAGUGAGGCCCUCGUGCUGAGGAGUGCUGGGAAAACAGCCAGUUGCCUUUGCUUAGGAAACAAAAGCCCGUUUUACACUCGCUACACUAGUGGGAAGGUGUUGAAAAUGCUCACUCCCAGCAUCCAGGCGUCCAUUACGGCAGGGACAACAGAGCAUCCCCAUGGAUAUGUGCAUGCAUUUCUGUCUGGCAGACACUCGGUGUGUGAGACAAUGUGCGUGUGUUUGCGUGUGAGAGAGAGAAUACCUAAAAUGUGGUCGGCGAUUGGCCGUGUCUCAGCCCUCCCCACUUCACGUUUCCCAGAAGAGCUUGUGCCUGUGUGACUAGUAAGCAGAGGAGGCAUAUUAGCAGGAAGGAGUGGAAUUGUGCAGGGCGUGUCCCAGAAGGCUGGCCUCCUCCCCGGUGGUCAGGUGGGCUUGGGGUAGAGCAUGAAGCAGCAGCCUUGGCCACAUUUAUGGCUCAGACCCACCCAAAGAUUUCAUCUGGGCAGUCCCUGCACAACAGGGAUCUGAACCCAUGUUGCUUGAGAACCUGUGGGUUUUUUGUCUUCCAUUAAUAAGCCAUCUGAUGAACCGAAGUGGUUAAGUUGGGGUCAAAUGCGGUUCAGUACCUCCCUGGCAUGCUCCGAGGGCUGUGUGUGAAAUGCUCGCUGACAUGGAGACAGAGAAGAAUCGCCUCGUGUUGAAGAAUUUCCAGGGCCUGGAAGGGGCAGCAGGUGCACCAGAAGGAGGCACCCGCCCGCGAGCUGAGAACCUGCUUCACUUUCGACAUCUUGGUGCUGCCCUCUCUGGGCUGAGGUGGUGCUGGGGCAACUGCCUGAGCCUGGUGUUCCUGCCAGCAGCAGCUGCAGCCUCCCCUAAAACAGACCCGGGGGCUGACCAGAAAGGGGUCUGCUUCCUGCCUGGCCCAGAGACUCCCCCCCUUACACCCCCACCCCCACCCUCCUCUGAAACACACACCCAGGGCUCCUGAUCAGGGCUUAUGGCUCACAAUUGCACUAAACUCUCCACAAAUCCUCCUCCUCCUCUUUCCCGAAGCAAACGGUACAGAUAGAAUUACAGCUCUCAGAAAGGGCCUGGAAAAUAUUGUGAGGCACACCCCAGGAUCCCGCCCAUCCUGGAGGAUGCAAAUGGCUGGACUUCAGAGACACCAGGAACCCAGUUCCAGAGAAAUUGACCCCAGUUGUAAACUAAUCAGGUUAUUGAUAGCACCUGCCUGUGGUUACCAGCCAUGGAGACAGGCGCGUUUCGACCAUUUCCCCCGCGCUCUCCGGUUUUCUCCUCCUGGGCUGGGCAGUGGUUGGUGUCUGCAGAGAGGAAGGGCCUCGGGACUUGGGUGGAGAGAAACUGAACCUGCCAGUGAAUUUUGGACUGAAGAUAAGAGCAGGGAGGGUUUGGUCAGCUCCUCUCGGAGCUCUGCCCAGAGUCAGGUUCCUAGAUUGGGGUGUGUCCCGGGAGCUGGCUGUGGGCUCCCCGCCUGCCCUCCUGCCUCUUGAGCUUUCUUUUCAGGAGGGCAGCCGGCCCUGUCACCCUGCGACCUCCUGUGGCACAGGCCCUUUGGUGUCAAAUGUACGAUGGACUUUUAUCACCAGUUUGUUUACAGAAAGGCAGAAAUGAAUGGAUCAAAUUCCCUCGAGAUUCCUGAAGGGAAAAGUGAGGCGUGCCAGCCUGGGACCCGCAGACCUGUCCAAGCCGCUUCGUGCAGGCCCCUCAGGCUGCGGGAUGAGACUUCGGUGAGCAGUGAGGAUUUUGAUAUGAACGACGCCACAUGGAUGUCAGCUGACCCGCACCUGGCCUCCAGCCUGAGCCCCAGCCAGGACGAGAGGAUGCGGAGCCCCCAGAACCUCCACAGCCAAGAGGACGACGACUCCUCCUCCGAGAGCGGCAGUGGCCAUGGCUCCUCCACCCUGAACCCAUCCACAUCGAGCAGCACACAGGGCGACCCCACCUUCCCUGAGAUGAAUGGCAACGGUGCCGUGGCCCCCAUGGACUUCACUGCCACCACCGAGGACCAGCCCAUCAACCUGUGCGACAAGCUCCCACCGGGCACGACGCUUGGUACACCCUCCUACCCCUCCGACGGCUGUGGCACCGACGGGCUGCGGAGCCGUGUCAAGUACGGGGUAAAGAGCACCCCUGAGUCCCCUCCCUACAGCUCUGGGAGCUAUGACUCCAUCAAGACGGAGGUCAGUGGCUGUCCUGAGGACUUGACAGUGGGCCGGGCUCCCACUGCAGAUGACGACGACGAUGACCACGAUGACCAUGAGGACAAUGACAAGAUGAAUGACUCUGAGGGCAUGGACCCCGAGCGCCUCAAGGCCUUCAAUAUGUUUGUGCGCCUCUUUGUGGAUGAGAACCUGGACCGUAUGGUGCCCAUCUCCAAGCAGCCCAAGGAGAAGAUCCAGGCCAUCAUCGAGUCCUGCAGCCGGCAGUUCCCAGAGUUCCAGGAACGGGCCCGCAAGCGCAUCCGCACGUACCUCAAGUCCUGCCGCCGCAUGAAGAAGAACGGCAUGGAGAUGACGAGACCCACUCCUCCCCACCUGACCUCGGCCAUGGCAGAAAACAUCCUGGCAGCUGCCUGUGAAAGUGAGACAAGAAAAGCAGCCAAAAGGAUGCGCCUGGAGAUCUAUCAAUCCUCGCAGGACGAGCCCAUAGCCCUGGACAAGCAGCACUCCCGGGACUCCACAGCCAUCACCCACUCCACCUAUUCACUGCCAGCCUCCUCCUACUCCCAGGACCCCGUGUACGUCAAUGGGAGCCUCAACUAUAGCUACCGUGGUUACGGAGCCUUGGGCAGCAACCUGCAGCCCCCUGCUUCCCUCCAAACAGGAAAUCACAGUAAUGGGCCCACGGACCUCAGCAUGAAAGGUGGGGCCUCCUCCACCUCCACCACCCCUACCCCCACCCCAUCCAGCAACAGCACCAGCAGGACCAUGCCCACUGCCCAGCUCAGCCCCACAGAGAUCAGCGCUGUGCGGCAGCUCAUUGCUGGCUACCGGGAGUCUGCUGCCUUCCUCCUGCGCUCUGCAGAUGAACUGGAAAACCUCAUUUUACAGCAGAACUGACACCCACGGGCGCCUGGUGUGCACGACCCUAGGAAAGGAGGCUGCCCCAUCCUUGGACCCAGCUUCCUGCCUCACCAGUUGGUACUUCUUGUUUUUGAGAGAGGUGGGAUCCAAAAAAAAAAAGCUGUUUCUAGCCACACUCCAAGCACCUGAGACUUUGGGCACAAGGACACUUUUUUUUUUUUUUUGAAUCUCACCACACGGGUGCUCUGACCUGCUUGGAAGAGGCCAUUUGGGGCAGCUCUGGAAGGGUUGGGGCUCCCCUGACAAGGCGCUGGGGCCACAGCUCUAUUUAGAAUAACCUUUGUGGACCCUGAUGUUAGAAUCCCAUCCCCAGAUAAUUACCUUUCAAGUCUUAGGUGAGCAGAAUUGCAUAUUUAUUGAGAAAAACAAAGUGGACCCUUUCUUCCUCUACCCUUAGUAAUUUAUUUUUCUCAAAAUGGAUUCUUUUGUGUUUGUACAGAUUGCCAGUCUGUGUCUGUCUGAUCAGAAGGAUGUAUCCCUGUGACCUAACAUUCCAUAUCACUACAUUGAUGGGGCUGGGGGCCAGCAGGGCAGGGCAGGCAGCCAGCAGCUGUCCCUUUGAGCAGCAGUGCACCCUUGAGAAGACCAGCAGCCCUCAGCCAGGCUGUCUCAAUGGAAAUCCCAGUGCUGCUCCAGGGAUGCUGCCAGAUGCCUCCAGGCACUGCCAAGCCCGUGGGCUUCACCCACACCUAUCGCAAAGCAGAAACAAAACAAAGGCAACCCACCCCAUUCUCUAGAAGCUCCAGUCAUAUGGUCACCUGUUUUCUACCUCACACUCCAGCGUGGGCUUUUUCCAGGAUGUGCCCUGAGCCUGUUCUAAAUGGCUGUCCCCCCAAUUUCUCUCCACAGGGUGUCUGCCUGGGAGGUAAGUCCAGACUGGGUGUCCAGGAGCUGGAGCCCAUAGAAGGCCCUGUCCCCCCCACAACGAGCAACUUGCAGUCCCCUGGCCUGGCCCUCCCAGCCACUCUACAGGACAAUGGUGGGAGAUGGCACCUGAACAGCAAGGCCCUGCCCACCCCCGUCCCACGGACCUGGGUCUGAACACUUUUCCACAAAGGCCUAGGGCCCUCAGACACCUGCCAAGAAGGGCCUGUUUCUUCAGGGUGAGCCUUCUGACCAUCAGGCAACCACAGAACAGGAAUGGCAGCUGCACACCCCAGGGCAGACUGCAGCUCUCUCCCCCUUGCCCUGUGGUUGGAGUGGGAGUGUCAACUGAAGUGGAAAAGCCACUUGGGUAAUCCUAGGACUGGCCUUUCUUCCAGAGGGCCAGUCCUGGAACAAACCCAUAAUCCUUGGAGUGUGAACAAGGGCAAAAAGAAGAAGCUGGCCUGGUUUCCUUCCUCCCUGAUAGGCACUUCCUCUUGCUCAGUGCAAUACCUACCAGUGCUGCUAAAACCAGGGAUUCACCCAGACCUCAGAAGGCCCCUGGGGCCUCUCCAUGCAACACGUUCUGUAGCCAUGACAGCAGCUCUGCUGCCCCCGCUGCACAGGAGAGGAGCUCUUCUCCUGCCUGUCCCUGCCCAGAGCUGGUAGAAGUCCUCUGUUGCCUUUCCUCCUUCAGAGCAGCGAGGCCCCAGGGGAGCCAGGGCCAAGUGAACCGUAAGACAGCCACAGAGAACCAUGCUCUCCCAGAACAGGACCCCUGCCCAAACCAGCUCUCCUACAGCCAACUGCCUAUUGCAGCCAUGGCCACUGUCUCCCAGCACAGUGGCAGACCACCCCUCAGGAAGGUAACAGGGGGCUCCAACAUGGAGCCUGCCACCCUGACUCAGAUCCAUGCCCGACUGGAGGGCCCCAGAUCCAGAAACUCUGAAAGGUAGUGUGUCCCCACCCCAUGCUUGCUUCCAGUCCCUAGAGGUUGGGGGUGGUCUGUUUCUCAAGUGGCCUCCAACACCCCACCCAGCCACACCACCUCUGCCUUCCAUUUGACUAAUUCCCAGGCCUCUGGUCAGGGCCAAGACACCCGAGACUCACCCUUAGCACAGCACAAAAUCCAGUGCCCAAGGCCUCUCCUACACCCCAGUCAUCCACAUGUCCACCCUCCACCUGCUCAGUACUACUUCCAGACAAUUGAAUUUGUGUAAAUAUUUAUUUUUGUGUGUGAACAAUACUACAAAGUAAUCAGUAGAUCUUUUGCAAAAUGUGACCCCAGGCAAUUAGAGAAACUCUUAAUGUUAAAAAAUGGCAGAGACAAUCGCCGCCUUAGAAUUCUUGGUAUCAAUUGCUUAUUAACAUGUCAUUUCUCCUCCCAGAGGCAGUACUCAAGCUAGACAUAAGCAAUUCACAUUUCUUGGCUGGCAGGAGUGAGAAAGACUGGGGAAGGGGCUCUCCCUAACACCCCAUACAAGGGUUUAUAUUUAAAGAUCAGCAUAAGCUACAGUUUGAAGUCAUAGCUUUCUGAGUUUAAGCUGUUGUAACUACCUUCAGCCUGCCUUAGUACUGCAGUAAGAGCAUAGGUUCAAUGUUUUUAAAGAGAAAGGAAACAAAUGCCAGUGGUACAAUCCCAGGAGGCUCCCAGUGGCCCCUCUAGGACCAUGGAUUCUGCAUGUUGAUACUAUCUCUUGGGUAGGCUCUUUUCCUUCCCAGAGAAGCUACGCCUGAACCCUGGUGACACAGAAUCUGGAGCAAAGUUAUUAUGUGGAAACAGGAUUCCAUUAGUUCAGUCAGGAAACUUGAUCUAUUUUGCUUUUGUUUCAAAAGAUGCAGCUUCAACCCCUUCCGUCCUGACUUGGAGAGCACUAAAGAGCUGCUUCUGGUGAACUUAGCUCACUGCUAUCCCAUUCUUACUCCUGAGGGACUGCCUUCUCCCCAAGGGAGCUUCCAAAGCCCUGUUCCACAGCCAUUUAAAAUUCUUAUGGAGAGCCUCAGGACACAGAUUAACUAUUUGGGAUCCUUCAUUAAAAUGGAAAUGCAAGAGCAGAAUUCACCAAUUCCAGAGUCUUUGCAAGGGGCCGCUACUGGGAGGAUAGAAUUAGACGAAAAGUGGGAAUUUGGUCUUAGUGUUGGAUCAUCUAGUAAACCAUAAGUGUGUAACUAAUCUGAAAUCCAUUUUGCCGUCAACACUCAUCCAAACAGACAGUUUAUCCCUAAGGACAGUGUUAGGGGAAGGGGAGCAGGCAGGGGGCUAGAAAGGAUAUAGAGAAUUUCAACAGGAACCCAUCCAUCCCUAUAACCAAGGGCCACUUACGACUCCAGGGGUGGUUAUAAGAUUAACUACCAGUUCAUCUUCAAAAUGCUGCUUUGAACUCAGAGGGUUGAUACUUUUAAUUUGUAAUUUUUUGUAAAACUUUUUACAAGAUAGUAAAGUAUUUCACCAGAAUACCAGUUUCAAUCCGUCCAUGGUCUGAUUUUUAUAUAAUUUAGUGGUGCUUUAGAAACUUUUGUUUUUGUUGUUUCUGAGCUAAGCUCAAUCCUUUUUCACCUGUAUCUACCUAAGACCAAUGUGAACCUUUGUAUUUUUGCUCCUAAUUUUGGACUCAGUGAAAGUGUACUGUUUACAUGUACAGAUGCCCCCAGUCCCUGUGUGUUCCGCAAGACUUGCUCUUGAGGAGGAAGAUGCACCUCACUAAGCUCAUCUGCUUAGCAAAGCCACAAAGCAAAACCUCUCACUUUUUACCUAUGUUUCCACCUAAAAAUAAAAACAAAACAAAAAAACCUAUACCAUAGAGAACUCAGACUUGCUGAAAAACACUUUACUAAGUUUGGAAAAUCCUUUCCACAUGUCAGAUGGCCCACAUGCCACUAUCAUGUGGUCCAUUUAGGAGCAGGGUGAGAAGAGAGACCUCCAAUUAGUCUUUGGUGGGUAAUUGCAUGGACAGAUGAAAAGUGAAGGCAGGCAGGACUCAAGCUGCGGAACCAUGGCAUGAAUAUAGUUCUUCUGGCAGCCUAGGAGUGCCAAAGUCGAGGUAACUCGUGGCCUUCAGGUCAAGUCACCCAGGAUUUAGGGACAGCCCAAGAGGUCUUCAAUCCUCUAGCAUAAUUUAGACUUUUUAGAAAGGCGUGAGUUCCACAUCCGAGAUGACAAACUUAAGACUUUCUAGUGCAGAUGGUACAAGCAUUUCUUCAGGAUUUCCUUGGAGGCAGCUCAUUCGUAAGGCAUCACCUCUGGGGAGGGGCAGGGGGCUCCAGACAGUACGCAUGUGGCACUUAAGGCAUCAGUGGAUGGCACCAACUUUUAAAGGUGACCCUUUAUUACUUAAUCAAUGGCUUCACCUCUAAAUUAUAUUUUUACAGAUAUGCACCUAUGCAACUUAACGUGGCUCUUCUAAGCAGGUGAGGACUUCCUCCUCAAUGCUCUCUAUAGAAAUUAUUUGUGUUCUAUAUCGUGAGUUUUUCCAGUAAAUGUGGCUUAACAUUUUAAUUCUUAGAAUGUGUCUUCUCUAUGUGAUGCAACUAAAUUGUUUUGUUUGUGGAAUGACUAGCACAGGCCAACUCCCUCACCCUUCACUUAACAAAAGACCAAUGAGCUGUUAAUCGAGCUGUUAUCUCCAUGGUAUUACUUGCUAAAUGCACUGAUUUCAUAAGUAUGUGGAAUCCUUUUUCUUUUGAAUCUGUAUAUCAUAUAUAAGACUGAAUCUACUUAAUAAACACUGAAUAACAAA